CCACCACUUGUUUUUCAAUCCUCCAUCUGAGUCGCAAAAGCACACGACCUGUUGCAAUAAUACCAUACCAACGCAUUGCCUACGUUGUGCAUCGGACCUUCUUCUUUCUAUCCACAAGAUCAAACCCUCCUUCUUUUCAUCUAUCCUCGAGGUCAAAACCUUCUUGUUUCUUUCCACAAGAUCAACCUCUUCCUUCUUUCUAUCCACAGGUCCAAAUCCCUCUUCAUUCUAUCCACAGGAUCAGACAACAUGAUCUCCAAGGCUUCAUUUUUCCUCCUCGCUGUUUCCAUAUUGGCUGGCAACCCCACCGCAGCCAAUGUUCUGCCUGCUCCAGGAGCGCCCCUUUCCGAAUAUGCCAAUCUGACCCUCGCUGGAGAAGCUAUCAUUGUCAACAACUGCCCUUUCGACGUCUUUGCGUACUCCGUAGACUGUGACAGAGGGUUCACCGCAGCUGAAGAAUUCAUUGUCCGAAAACGCAGCGUUUACAAGGAGCCAAUUCGGAUCCCUUCUAACCUAGGGGGAAUCUCUAUCAAAAUCAAUACCAUGAGCACUGCUGGACCUGCGCAAGUCAUCACCCAGCUCGAGUACACUGUCGCACCCCCAACACCAUACAGCGCAGAUCCCGGGGUCUUCAAGAUGCCUGGCAUGAUCUACUACGACCUUUCAUUUGUCGACUGUGCUAUGUCGGCUGCUACUGGUGCAGAGCGCUGUCCUCUCUGGGUAAAUGGUCUUGCCGCAAUCUGUGAUGGUGAAGAUGAAGGCUGCGAAAAUUUGGUCUGCCCGCCCAAUACUGAGUGUCCAUCAGCGGCAUACUACGACCCGAGCGGGUCCGCGUCGGUCAGGCUUCAGCCGGACGGUACCUACAAGAAUCAGCAGCCAAACUCAGCGGUUGUAGGCCUGGAUAAAUCCAUCCGCUUCACGCUGUGCGAAUCGACAAGUGCUCUCAAAAGGGGUGCCACAAGCUUUAUCGCAUAGGCAGUUUCUUCUUGCUGUUGUUGCAUUCUUUCUUCCCUAAAGCAAAAUAUCGAAAAAAAACUGGGCAUACCCAAGCGAGGUGUUCUUUUGGAUGAUUAUAUACCCCAUUAUUCCACUUAUUGCUAGAAUUUUAGCAGUUAUUGUACAUACGAGGUGAGG